GAUGUUCCACCUGGAUUCAUCACAUCGAUAAAGGAGAAACAUCCUGUGCAUAAGAGAGUUCCUAACAUUUUGAAAACCACUUCAGAGUUCAUUUUCAUCUCAGUUUUGAAUUCAACUCGAUUUAAGAACAAAAUGGAACCAUUUUUCUGUCCGCCUUACUAUCCAAGCCGAUUCUACGGUUCGGAGCCACCAGUCUUGUCUCAUGACUGGAUGUUAGACAUGGGUUCGUGGUAUGAUGGUCGCAUGCAACCUUUCGCUCAUCCUCCAUUCGGAUAUCAUCGUCAAGUUCAUUAUCCUGUUGCUACUAGGCAAGGACGCGAAGACGGCAUAAUUAGGGGUGACGUAUUUACUCCCCUGAGAUCGAGAGCGGCAUCCGUCCGUUUGCCAUUCCAGCAGCUCUUUGACGACAAGCUCUUCGGGUCUGGCUUAGCUGACGACGUUAUCUGCCUUCUUGAACAACACUCGCAGAAACUCGACGAAGCCAACAAGACGUCUGGAGAAGGAUUGAAAAACGAAGCCAACAAGACGUCUGGAGAAGAAUUGAAAAGCAAAGCCAACAAGACGUCUGGAGAAGGAUUGAAAACAAGUACAAAUGAUCAUGAGGAUUCAUCCGGUGCGUCUGCACCAACUGAAAAUGUUGACCUCACAAAGCCAUCGACGUCUUCAGCCGAACCAACUAGCAAAGAGUCAUCACGUUCCGGUGACGACGUGAGAAAAGAAAUUGCAGAAAAAAGGAGGGCUGAUCCUUGUGAGGGUUACAUGCUUCAAUUUGAACGCUCUCCUCACGGAUUAUAUCGCCCUGUGUACUCUCCUGUGUCUCUGAGGCGAAAACAAGAAAGUGCGCCAGUGAAACAGCUCCUCGACGACGACUUCUUCAAGUCUGUUUUUACUGAUGACCUCCUCUCCCUGAUUGAACACCACGUCAGCGAAGCAGAUGAUGCCUACAGGUGGAAAUCUGGAACAACCGCGACCGACGCCUCGUCAUCAGAAGGUGCUGUUGCCAGGAAAGAGGAUAUCGUCCAAUCUGGCAAAUCAUUCAACGUCUCCCUGAAACUGGGGGAUCGAUUACCACCCCGAGAACGUUCAUGUCAGCCUGGAUGGUCGAAAGGUGAUCGUGAACGCGAAGCGGGACGAACAUGGUGACGAUGACAGCUGGAAACGUCACAGCCACGUCGAAUAUAGCUUCUCGCUCCCAGAAGAGACGCCUGCAGAAGGUCUGACGACAAGCUUUAAUACGGAUGGAAUACUUUCGAUUACAGCUAAGAAGAAUGACGCCUCCAACAAGGCUUUAAAAGGUUCGUCAGAGAAAGAGGGCGAGACGGAGCAGAAGAAAGAGAAAGAAUACAAACAAGCAGUCGGAGCAGACAACACGACGAAAAAAGAAAGUCGCCACAAUGAGAAAAAGUAGGUACUUUACCAAAUGAUAUUUUGUUAAAGAUAAUGACUGAACGCUUAGAAGGGAAUACAAUCGGAAACAUGAACAAUUUAAUCAUGAAAAUUUGUUUCCUUGGAAAGUGUAUAUUGUGCACUUUUAAUCUUUGCUUUCCUUUAGAACUCCAUUGAAAUUUAUUCAUGAGUGGAGUAAAAUUUCCUGACAUAUUAUUCAUAUUUAAAUAACAGUGUAUGAACGAUGUGCAUCUGUAAAACAAAUUACAAACUCUUAUUUUUCAUUAUUGAACAAUGACAAGAUUAUAAGAUUGAUCUAUUGCUAAAUUAGCUGGUUUGCAAUAUAAUGUUCAGUGAAGAGUGGAUGUUGCACUAAAUAAAAGCUCUAUAACUUUUGUUUGACAUGAUGCAGUCAUAUCAUUGAGUUUUAUACAAGAUAUGAUUCGUUGACGUUGAGCGCUUUAGAACCUGAUAAGUAGGCUACUUCAUUACUACGUCUCUAUAAACCUUCACGAUCGCUUCUAGACCGUGCUUGUCAUCGUAGUACUGACCGUGAUUUGUUACCUAAAAUAAAACAAAUUGAAAUGAAAAAAGCCCUCUUUUUUCAAUGUUAAGUAUAAUACACUCGGAUUAGUUUAUCAAGAAAAAGAAGUUUUGGUUUGAAUUGUCAAUCUUAUUUCUGUACUUGCUAGGCUUCCUGUCAUUCUCAAAGUAUUCGUCAACCUAUAAGCACUUGGUUUGUCAUAGUCUUCAGAACGAAAAUACUACAUUUAUACAACUCGAAUCGUUUGAAGUGCCUAAAGACUUUGGCUGAUAUGCAUAAUAAUUAUAUUUGUGGAAUGUUAUCGUUACUUUAUCAUUAGUUCUUGAUUUGCAAUGUUAUCACUAUUUUUUGUAUUUGUUAUAAUAUUUUUAUAUGGUAUAAGUCGUCAACACAUUAUCAACUUUGUUCAUGAACAUGAAAUUGAUAUUCAUGAGCAAGGGAUAGGUCACUCACAUGUGUUUAUUAAUCUUAUAUUGACAAUGGAACCAUUAUGGUUACUUUACCUACUACUUCGUUAUUGUUAUUUUCAAGUUGUUAAAAUGUUAUCAACUGUAUUGCUCUAUAAAAUCAUUGUGAAGUUAAACGUUA